AGGAGCAUAUUGAAGGUUCGUUUUGACGUUGAGCCUGGCGAGUCAGAUACGUCAUUCUCGAUGACGGAAGUUACAGUUCCGACUAUUGGCAAGCCAGCCGUUGAAAGUCCACAGGAAGCUGUCAUACAACCAGAUCAAGUGGUUGGUUCAACCCAGAAUACUACUGCUGCUACUGCUGCCAACGGUAGCGCAGACUCCAACGCUGACCUUAGAUCACAAGAACGGUCCAAAACACCCCCUCCAGUAGUUCCUUCGACCCCUAUUGUGCCAGUUCCUCGACCUCUGAGGAAGUCUCCAAGUGUACGAGUUGUUGAUGCGUUUGGUAGGGAAAGGCUAGAAGAGAACGGUGAUGCGGAUAAAGACACAAAUGCCGGACAGGAGAGCAGUAAGAAGAAUAGUGGUGCAAAAAACCGAAAAGAGACCAAGGACGAGCAGGAAUCGACUACAGCGCCGCAUGUACCUGCUACGUCUCGCAACAAUAGUAGGAGCGCAGUACGCAUUGUAGAUGCCAUGGGUCGAGAGGUCGAAGAGAACUUGGAUCCUAGCUUGAAAGAAUGUGAAGAAAAUGGUGAUAUUUCUGUCAUAGAUGACAUCGUCAUGGGGCGCGAUGAAGCACUAGCAUAUGUGAAGGCAACGCUUCGUGAAUUCCAAGAAGUAAGCAGUGAUGUUGAAAGAUCUGGUGAUGAGGCACUUCACGUUUUACAUCUCCAAAAUCUUGAUGGCGUGUCGCUAACUGCGCGGGGUGUACGCGGCCAGCUGACGUGCGACCUUAGGAACGUAAAGGAGAAUGAACCAGAUUUGAGCACGAAGUACGCUUCAAUGAGGGAAAGUAGAAGUAAACGUAUAAUACAACCGACUGCGAUCAGUGAACGGCGAUUACCAAUUAGGACGAUGAUCUUUGUCUUUGUGGUUUUCCAGAUCAUCAUCGCGCUGUGGAUGUUCCGAUUUGCAAAUAGGGAAGCCCAUAGAUUGUUUUAUACGGAUUACUACGACCCCUGGUACCCUGAACUAUACGACCACUACAAAUCUCGUUCAUCAGCCGUCUUCAGUUCCCAUCCUUGGUCGGUUGAAGGCUUCUUCGAGGCUCUUAAAACGGAAGGGUGGGGAGUUGCCAGUAGAGUGGUCGCGAGAGCAGUGGGAAGGUCAGAGAACGAAGUUUGGAAGACGUGGGGGAAAGCAGGUCAUAGAGAGUUAUGUCCCACAUGAGCACAUGAAACUUGAUAUGCGGUAUGAUGUUGAUGUCACUCUGGGCGUUGUAGAUGUUGUAUUUAUUCCAAAGACUAUCAGCUAGGAUUGUUUCAUGUUUGUUGUAACGUAGCACAUUGCAUUAUACCAAGAACCACCAACUCAUUUACGCCUUUUUUGCCCUCG